UAGUGUUUGCUCCUCCUCUUUUUUGCUCCAAUUAUUGCUUCAUCUUCGAUUUCUUUCCUUCUCUGCAAACGCCAAUGGAAAGAAAUUUCCAGGAGGUCGAAGGAGAAACCCUAAUUGUUGAAUUUUAAGCAAUAUCCGAUUUAUUCGAAGCCCAAACCCUAACCCUAAGUUGUCCGGUGAAGUAGUUUCUCUAUGUUCUACAAAUUCGGAUAUCGUGUUUCGCGUUAAGAAGAAUCGAUCUGUCGGAGGGAGGGAAGCAGGAGAGGAGGACGAGAUGACGAGGAGGUGUUCGCAUUGCAGUCACAAUGGGCAUAAUUCCAGGACUUGCCCCAAUAGAGGAGUCAAGAUUUUUGGGGUCCGAUUAACGGAUGGAUCGAUCCGAAAGAGUGCUAGUAUGGGGAAUCUAACGCACUACACUGGAUCAAGCAACAAUAACCAUCAGCACAACAAUACUCUUGGUUCGCCCGGUGAGACGCCGGAACACGGUGCGUCCGCCGACGGUUAUGCUUCUGAGGACUUCGUUCAGGGCUCUUCUUCUAGCUGCCGUGAACGCAAGAAAGGGGUGCCAUGGACUGAAGAGGAGCAUAGAAUGUUCCUUCUUGGUCUGCAGAAGCUUGGUAAAGGUGACUGGCGUGGAAUUGCAAGAAAUUAUGUUAUAUCGAGGACACCAACUCAGGUGGCAAGCCAUGCACAGAAAUAUUUCAUUCGGCAAAGCAAUGUUUCCAGAAGAAAGAGACGGUCUAGCCUGUUUGAUAUCGUCACUGAUGAAUCAGUUGACAUUCCACCAGUUGUAUCACAAGAACUAUUCCCCAUCAAUCAUCCACAAGCUGAAACACAGAGCAAUAACCCAUUGCCGGUUCCUCCAGCUUUGGAUGAAGAAUGUGAAUCAAUGGAUUCUGCAACAAACUCUAAUGAUGGUGAAGCUGUCCUUCCAAAGCCAGAGUCUACACAGUCUAGUUAUCCAGUUGUAUUCCCUGCUUAUUUCUCACCAUUCUUCCCCUUUUCCUUCCCCUUUUGGCCGGGCUACAAUACAGAGGCAAUGACAAAAGAGACGUAUGAAAUUGUCAAGCCAACUGCAAUACAUUCAAAAAGCCCGAUCAACGUUGAUGAGCUGGUGGGAAUGUCCAAGCUGAGUCUGGGAGAAUCCCUUGCUAACUCGGGCCCCUCAUCCCUCUCGCUUCAAUUGGUUGAAGGUUCCACCAGGCAAUCUGCAUUUCAUGCUAGCUCAGCCACAGGUCACUCCAGCAUGGACAGAAACAGCAAUCCAAUUCAUGCAGUUUGAUAAGCGUGAAACUUGAGGUUAACUCAGCGCUGAAAGAUCCUGCAGAUUCCUGUUAAUACAAGAAAAAUAAUGUGCAUUUCUAGUUUGUAUGUCGCAGUAAUAUAUAUUUUUUGCUAUGAACUUUGCUUAAUAAACCCGGUUCAUGCAAGUGACCAACUAAACCCUUGUUCUUUUGGGAAGUCUGAAGUUCGAACCAUUCAUGACCUUGUAGGAGGUGAAGACUGAGAAGUGGGCAGUUCCAAUUGUACCAGUAUUUUGUCACACAAAAGGUAGGGUUUCUAAAACAGCGCAAAAAAGUUAAGAGUUAAAUCCCAAGUUGGAGGAUAGAGAGAACUCAGUUCUGAUUUCUGAAUUCUUGUCAGCAGUUGACACUGGAGAAACUAACCUGGUUCCAAUAUGUAAUGUGGGAGACCAUGAUCAACUUCUCUAUGUUUGGUAGAACAGUUAUAGUCUCCUGCCUUUUUGAAUAUAUACUAAUUUGGAUGGUAAUUCGAAUUGCUCA